AUGGCCAUGCUUUUGUACGCAGAGAUAGCUGUAGCAUUUGUUUGCUUCAUUUUUCUUUGGCAUUGGAGAUUGAACAAAGACUCCCCCGCCGUUAACUGGCCUCUUUUCGGAAUGCUUCCAGGGCUUCUUCGAAAUGCAUCGCAUGUUCCCGAGUUCGUAACUCGAGUUUUAAAACAUUCUGGAGGGACUUUGGAGUUUAAGGGCCCUUGGUUCACCAACAUGAACUUUGUGAUUACCGGUGAUCCCGCGAACAUCCAACACAUUUUGAGCAGAAACUUUUCCAACUACCACAAAGGCCCCAAGUUCCGAGAGGUUUUUGAACCCUUUGUAGAUGGGAUUAUUACUUGCGAUUCUGACUCCUGGAGAUAUCGGAGGAAGCUGAUUCAGUCAAUGAUAAAGAACAAAAAGUACGAGUUGCUCUUGGAGAAAGUCUCCUUGGGAAAGGUGGAAAGCGGCCUCAUUCCGAUCCUUGAUCACGUCUCAAAUACGGGAAUUGAGGUGGAUUUACAAGAUGUUCUUCAACGCUACACCUUCGAUAGUGUUUGCUUACUGGUUUUGGGUUUUGAUCCAAAUUGCCUCUCCAUCGAAUUUCCUCAAGUUUCACAUGCAAAAGCGUUUGAUCAAAUGGAACGAAGCGUCUUUUGCCGACACUUUGUGCCAGAAAGUUGUUGGAAGUUGCAGCGAUGGCUUCAAAUAAGAGAAGAGAAGAAGCUGAGCAUUGCUUGGAAAAUAUUUGAUCAAUUCGUGUACCAAUGCUGGCAAUGCAUCUCAUCCAAGCAUGAAGAACUGAUCAGCCGGAGCAUGACCCUGAAAGUGGAGGAACCCAAGUUCGACUUGCUGACAGCUUGUAUAGAGCUAGAUGAAGUCGAAGGAGGAGAUGAAAUGGAUGGUUUUACAAAAUCCAACAAGUUUUUGAGGGACAUAGCAUUGAGUCUCAUGUUGGCAGGCAACGGCACCAUAAGUUCAAGCCUCACCUGGUUUCUAUGGCUUGUUGCAACACACCCAUCAGUGGAAGCUAAGAUUCUGCAAGAGAUGAGAGAGCAUUUUCUAGUUAACAGUGAGAUCAAGUACUGGGAUAUAAAAGAAAUAAGUAAGCUAGUUUAUCUCCACGGCGCCAUAUGUGAGUCCUUACGCCUUUUUCCACCUGUACCUUUCGAGCAUUUGUGCGCAAUUGAUUCUGACAUUCUCCCAAGCGGCCACCGUAUUGAUCCAAGUACGAGAAUGUUGUACUGUCCAUAUGCAAUGGGAAGGAUGGAAAGCAUAUGGGGCGAAGAUUGCUUAGAGUUCAAGCCCGAGAGAUGGAUUUCGGAGCAAGGAAUGAUUGUGCAUGUCCCAGCUUACAAGUUCAUAACAUUUAAUGCAGGCCCUAGGACUUGUUUGGGUAAAGACAUGACUUUCAUUCAAAUGAAAAUAGUUGCAAGCAGCAUCAUCUGGAAUUAUCGUCUUCAAGUAGUUGAAGGUCAUCCUGUCUUACCGAGCAUCUCUUUCAUACUUCACAUGAAAUAUGGUUUGAAGGUAAGGGUCACCAGAAGAGCUCCUUGAUGAAGAAGACUGCUAAUCUAUGAUCCAAUAUUAUCCCUGGACCACAAGGGAAAAAUAAUUGUUGAGAUAAAUAAAUGUGUAGAAAUUAUUCCCGGAAUCGAAUUUCUCUUUGUAAUAAGAAUAAAUCAAACCCUUGUUCAUGAUAAAGGGUGAUU